AUGAAUAAUGACAUCUACAAUAACAUCGACAGUAUCGACAGAGACACCAUUAACGACAAUAGUAAUAGUAAUAAUAGCAGCAGCAGCAGUGAAGGUCAGACUGACUUGGAGCUGCAGGCUCCUCUAGGAAGAUUAACUACGCGGACUCGAAUUCUUAAUGUGAUUCAUCACUUGGUUCCAAUCAAGCAAACUUACGAUCGGAUUAAUAAUGGACUAACUACGGGCCGGAUGCAGCCGAACACGCCUGGUCGCUUUAUAGGCCUGGGAACCGAUGGCGUGUUUCGUAAUCUAAUGGCUAAACCAGAUACCGAAGCUACGAGACAAGAGCAGGAAACAAAUCCUCCUUCAUAUGAAGAGGCGGCUGCUGAUGCGACACCGGAGUACUGGGAGCUGACGGUCAUUCUGCCGUUGUACGAGGACGAAGUAUUUGUAGAAGGCUUACCUGUAGGAAACAUUGCUAACUUUGUCUGGAACGGGUUGGUGACUGUAGCGUUCCAGUUCAUCGGCUUUGUAUUGUGCUACUUGUUGCACACAUCACAUGCUGCAAAACACGGCUCGAGAGCUGGUUUGGGUAUUACAUUCAUCUUCUAUGGCUGGGGAAUGGUUCCUUCCAACUUUGGUCAUGCUGACAAGGUUCCGCUGAAGUAUGAGCCUCUGGACCCCAAUGUGUUCGACGUAGACAAGUCACUGACAGUACCUGUGGAUCAUUUGGAUACGUACAACUCUGGCAUCUUUCAGCAGCACGCAGACGAUCCUAGCGCUGGAUCUGUGGCUAAUAGUACCCCGUAUAUUUCGUACGGAAUCAUUGCAUUUGGCUUGUUCAUUAUCAUUAAGUCGGUUGUGGACUAUUAUAGGGUGAAACAGAUGGAGAAGGUGAUCUUGUCACCGCCUAACCGUGCUCCGCCAGUGGUCACAUCCACCACGGAGAAUGUAAAUAACAUAGACGAAGCCGAAGAGACAAGGGACAUAGAGUAG